AUGGCAAUUGUAGACACUCUGCCCCAAUUGGGCCAAGGCCAUCAGGAGAGUGUCCAAACAAGUAGCAUCAAACUCAAAGAGGCAGGCUCUUCACAUGCUAUCGAGAACUCCGCUCCUCCGCUAUACCCGAAGAUACUCAAAAUUUCACGCGACCCUGGAUUGCAUAUCCCGCUGAAACGCAAACGGGACGAUUUCUGCUACGAACAGGACCCCGACUCUGGUUUAACAAGGCCGGAUGUCGUCCUUUUUCCUCUCACUUCUCUGCUAGAGCCACCAGAUGACGAGUCGGAGGAGAAUAUCGACUUGGCCAUCGUGACAUCGGGAGCUGCGCCGCCCCAGGGUGCUCGCCCGCUCUCCUUCAACGGACUGAAAUCCCCAUCUGCGACUCCCCGGGAGCCCGUGUCUAGUGCCUUGGGAAGGUCUGCUCUCGCGUCCCCACUCGAACCGCCUGCUGCAACUCCAUUGUUCAAUGUCCCCCAGCCCCGAGACGUGUCUAUGUUUGAAGUCAAUCCGAAGGCACUGUCGUCAUUGGAAGUUUCCUUGGAGACCUGUUAUGCCCCGGUGGGAUCCAUGCACGAUAGCAGGCUCGCAAAUAACUUACAUGCCGUAUCGGAGUGGCUUGCCGACUUCCAGUCCAGAUAUCGUGACCCGGAUCCAAUCGAGACCGGUCCUUCCUAUGAUGUCGCCCCCAGAGCACCAACGGCUACCCUGGCGCAACUCUUGCGUGACACAUUCGGGUUGGAGGGUUCGAAUAUUGCAGACAUGGAUGGGCCCAAGACGAAGAGAAGGAAGGCUAGCAAAAGCAUGCAUGCUGCGCAAAAGUUUCCGGAGGCACUCGACAUCGAAAAUCUCACUCCGUUCAGCGAUAUCGGACUCGACAGAUACGAGUCAGUGACUCAGUCAGAGAAUUCCGCUGAACCUGGUCUCGACAUGUCCCAUCCGCGUUCUCCCUCUCACAAACCGAGUCGUGUCUUGACCUGGAACGAGGAACUGCAUCCUAUUCUAGCCCGCAAGGGCCCGCUUUCCCGCGACGAUGUGUCAACACUAUCCCGCAUCCUGUCCGACAUCACCUCACUGAGCAACAACGAAGCCAAGGCCACCGAAGGAGAUUUGCGGCUUCUGCAUGCAGCAUUGGUUGCGCUUGCCAGCCAAGCAGCACUGGAUUCCUCGCAUUUUCCUCGCCAUAUUCUUGAGAUUGCUCAAGACCUUCUUGACCGCUGGCCAGCAGAUUGGGAGUAACAGGAGAAAGAACGUCUAUUUUGUCGCAAGCCAGCAUGAGCCUACUUCUACGCCAUCAUCAUCACGGCCCAUUCAUAUUCUGUUUGCAGUGACCUCUCGGCAGUACCGACUGCAAUCCCCCGUGGCUGUACCGAGUCAAGAGGGGCGGACAAAGGCUUGCAGGGUGAUUCAACGUAGCGCGAGAGUUGUAAUGAACAUAAAGGCGAAGGGCCCCUGUCGAAAGGGAAAUGCAGAAGAUCAUACAUAGAACCUGAAUUGAACGGUAUUCUUGUAGCUGAACUUGGAAUCACUUCGAUUUGAAAUCUAAGGGCCAGCGCUCGGCUGAGUAGAAUCGGGCAACCAAUGAGUGUGGAUGCAUAGCUCUCAACGCUAGUAAAUAUGUACUCGAAUGAAGGAACGUUUGAGAGCGACAGAAAGAAUUCAGGAGCGAUUAGGAGUGGAGGUGCUCCUGAGGCCCUGGUCAUCGACCACCGAAGCGACCGGAGGACACGGCUGGUGGACAGAGCGGAAAUUAUCUGGAAGUGGAGCAGAAGAGUUCGUCAAAAGUCUGGAGAAAGGCGUUUGCCGAGCGAUAGCCGCCUCGCAUGGCUGCAGCUGCACAUGGAGAUUUGUGACGUGGUGUAACUCCGUGUGAAUUAGAACUUUUUGUUGACUGCUUGAUUCUGAACCACCCAUGCUCGCUCUUGUACAACCUUGCGAACCGAGAUCCUCCGCGCCCCGUCCUCCCACUCGCAAGCCUUCGUCAUCGUCGACACCUGCUCACAGACAAGGUCCAGUGGCGCAACAAGCAGUGGCCCUACAGACCCCCGCGUCGUCGUCUCGUAGGGCACCUCAGCCGCCGAGACCGUCUGACUCUUCCAAGCCCGACGCACACCAAAUCACUUCGACGCCUAGAGAUGAAGAGCGGGCAGCCCCUGGGCCUGUCAUACAAGAGUCUGGCGCGUUCGAUGUGCACUCCUACCCGCCUCAAGAGCUGUUACGACUGCUUGCUUCGCUGCUAUCACAAAUAGCGGCGACGAAUGACAAGCUGGACGCGGUUUCGCCCCUUACACCACCUUCCACUACCCCAACCCGCACUACCCUUGCCACCGUCACAGCGACGGAUGCCCCCAUCUGGCGAACGUUGACAACAGCGUCACGAACUGCGAUCUCCACCCCUGCAUCCAUACUCACUUUCCACGCGCGUAAUAUCCCUACAAUCUCUCUCGAAGCCUAUCUCCUUCGCAUCCUCAAGUAUUGCCCGACCACAAACGAGGUCUUCUUGUCACUCUUGGUCUACUUUGACCGUAUGAGUAAACUCUCCUCGGAGGCAACGGGUCGCACGUUUGUGAUUGAUUCUUACAACAUACAUCGUCUCGUAAUUGCGGGGGUCACUGUUGCCUCAAAGUUCUUUAGCGAUGUGUUCUACACGAACUCGAGAUAUGCCAAGGUUGGCGGUCUACCCCAAGCAGAACUCAAUCAGCUUGAGCUACAGUUCCUCCUGCUGAAUGAUUUCCGGCUGGUGAUCCCCCGGGAUGAAAUGCAGCGUUACGCUGAGCAAUUGAUCGUUUUCUCCAAUUCUGGUGCCGUUCCAACACAUUUUCCGACACCAAACGGGGACCAUCAACCCCCCUCUCCUCCGCCGUCGUCGGCGAGCACCUCGUCAUCCGCAUCCCUCACCCCAACCCCUUCUGCGCCAUUCUCCGGCUCCAACGCACAAUCAUCCUUGGCCCCGAAUAAUACUCCGCCUGCUAGGCCCCAGCCGCAGCCCCGUUCGGCUUCGACCUCGUCAGCGUCUUCGUAUGACUCCGGUGCGGAUACAGAAACGGAAACUGAAGGCGGCUGGACGACGGAUGACGAGCCUACCAUACGGCCGACCCAUUCAAGUCGUGGCUCGGAUGCUGCCAGUCUGAGCUCAGCCGAUGAGACGGAUGCCGAAGACGGGACCGAAGACUCUUCCAGGAUGGAUAUCGAUGCUGAUGGUGAAAGGACACCCGAGCAUGCAAUUGGCCAGCGGACACCUGGCAUAGAGGUGCCCAACAGUCCGUGAGUCGGCAGUCUGUCCAGGGCUCGUGCGCGGUCGCUCGUGCUCUGGACAGACACGCACCUGGAUUCCGGCAUAGCAAGAUUAAUGCACAAGGCAUUGCAUUUUCAAUUCGAGUCUUCAUUUGCAUGUAGUUUUUAUCCUAUGGAACUAGAGUUUGUUUAGGCAGAUCACUCACAAUACAAUACCAUGUACGUCUACUAGUUGCUUCGAUUCCCCUUCGUUUCGUGUUCUUGGAAAAUGUUCGGAGGUUCGGCUCGCCGAGUUGCCGGUGCAAGGCGCGCCGUUGAUUCCGCCGAGCGGGGUAAUAUGUACGCGGGGUAAAAUGAUCGAUGUCAUGGACAAGCGAACUUCCUCUUCGUCGAAGAGUACAGACUUCGAAUGUCUGGGCCUGUGUGGAGCGAUCAUGCAGGUCGGCACACACCAGCGAGGCCCGGAUGUACGUAUGCGGUAUCGUUGCUCGUGGGUCCGGACGAGCCUAGUUGCGUCUGUCGCAACUCGGGAAAUAUCGGAAGAUUGCCGGGCCGGUACAAAUGUCUUCACGUGGAUCUACUAUAUUGCUUUUUAUAUCAUUCUGAGCAGCUUUUCUUCUUACGCCCACAACCUGCGACGCCCAGUGACAUUUCCCGCGAAAAGGCUCCCGAAGCGAUCCCCUGGCAGUUAACCCCACAUCUUACGCUUCUCUCACGCCCGACCAUAUCUUUCGCUGCACGCGACCCCGGGGCUUUCCAUCAGCUCUGUCCAAGACCUCAGGCCUUAUCCGACCCGAAUAUGAGCAUGUCUAUGGAGGACUUGUGCUCGUCCAUGUCUGGCAGCCAUGUUGGGCAGGAGGCCUUGGAUCUGGCGUCUUUGCAGCUGCAACUAGCGCAAAGUCUUUUUUGCCAAUCACUGGCGGCAUCUUCGCGGAGAGAUAGUUCUGUCAAACCCUGUAACACGCCUACUGGUCGAACGCCCUCGUCGAGCUUCAGCUGGGGUGGCCCUAUGAGCGUUGAAUCGGCGUGGCCCACUCACUCACCCCAGGCCUCGUCAUCAGUCAGAAGCGCUGAUGAUAUGCGAGACGAGAUGGACGAGGACGAGAGGAUGGUGGAAGAUCUGCUCAUCCCAAGCUCUCCCAUGUCCACGAAAGCGCACUUGUCCAGGAACCUGCCGCAUUCUCCGGUCUACAAUCCCAUUUCCGAAUCACCAUCCUCCGCAUCUCUUUUCGCAACGACCGAUCCAUUCUACCUGGCACAGCUCCAAGCGUCCCAGAACUACGGCACGGCUCCGGCAUCUGUGUUCAGCCAGGCCGGUUUUCCCUCCCAACAAUCACCGUUCAUGAUCCACUCCAAUUUUGCACGAAACGCC